AAAUCAAGUAAAAAAUUGAAUUAAAAUAUAAUUUGAUAUACUACAAUUAAAAUUCGCACGAUCAUAAUUAAUUUGCGAAUUGCCAAGUGAAGAGCCUCAGCUUAGUAUUUCGUCAGCUGGCGUAAAUAAUAAAAAAUAACACAAAAAAAAAACAAAAAUCAAUUGUGAAAGGACUUUCGAUUUCUAAUUUAAUGCGAAUGCGGUAUUGAAGCUUCAUUUGAAAAUUGAUUGAUUGAUAAGACGGACGCGUAAAGUGACAAAAAAUAAAAAAAAAAACUUUGCAGCAGCAGCAGCAAUAACAACAACAGCAACUGCUGCCAGCCAUAGACAACAUUGUCUCGUCCGUCCAGCAACAAACAACUGACAUCGUCUGUCUACGCCUGAUACAUAAAUAUAUAUGCUGUCUGCACAUGCAUAUAUAAAAAACAACAACAGCACCAAAAACAAAAACAAAAACGAUCGGGAUCGAUUUAGUGUAUGAGCGUAUACUAUAUAUAUUUAGUAUAUAACCGACUUGCCGCCACGACUCUCGACUAGAAUCGCUUACACCAACACAGCUGCAGCUAUUCAAAGCGUGUGUGUGUGUGUGUGUCCGUGUCUGUGCGUAUAUAAGAUAUAUAUAUAUAUAUCUAGCCAAAGUAGAAGAUAUAUGCGUAUGAGCUGAACGGCGCGCACUCUGCUCUGCUUUUUUCUUUUAUAAUUACUUUUGUCUAAAAUUAGAAAACGUGUGUGUUGUAUUCGUCGGGUGUAUGUGUGUGUCUGUGUGUGUGUGUGUGCGUACUACGUGCAACAGAGUGUGGCAGUGUUAGUGUCGCUAUAUCUGUAUUUGCGUCUGGUGUAUCAACAUUAUCAACAGCAACAGCAGCAACACCAUCGUCAUCAGCAACAGCAACGACAACCAGCAACGUUUAAGUGUAUUUGUGCCAGAAAACACUCGUCGGUGAAUCAGACUGCGACUGCGUCUAUAUAGACAGAUCGCGUAUACGACGGCAAGACAAACAUUGGCCAUAUAGCAGACUAUAGAAUCACAGUAGAGUGGCAUAAAAAAUUGUAUCUCACAGAUACAGCGCGCGCAACGAGGAUUAAAAUUACAGCAAUCGAACGAGCAGCGCACGAAGCGUCGCAUUGCACGCACGAUCGAACGGACGAAGCAGCCACUCGGCAAUUGCCGACGGCCAAACGAAAAGCGAGCGCGAAAAUCGUCGUGAAAAGCAGCAGCAACAAUUAAAAAAAAAAAAAGAAAACUUUACUUUUUGAAACGCCACGCGACGACCUUAAGUCUGCCGUCUACGAAAACCCACAAACAACAAAAGGCGUGUGGGUGUGGCCAUAGCUCAGCGCUCGCUCAGUGCGUCGACUCCCAAGGCGCUCAACUGAAACGACAGCCAAAGCGCACUGAAUGCUUAAAUUCUGAGCAGCAAUCAAACGAAUGAGCGAAUGAAACGAGCAGCGACUAGCAGCAAUUUUAUUUAUUUAAAGAUAUAAGCAUAAGUAUUUGAUAUUCUGCAUUGCCAAAGCAGACGAAAAAAUGAGUCACCAGCAACAGCAGCAACAGCAGCAACAGCAACAGCAGCCAGCAAGGUUUGCCAACGAAUUAUGCUAGAGAUUGUCAAACAUUAGCAAUUGCUCUCUCUCUCUUUCUCUCUCUCUGUGUCUCUCUCUCUCACGCUGUCUUAGUCACACACUCAUCAGUCUGUUUGUCUCUCUCGCCUUGGCUAACGCUCAAAAUGAUACGAAACUAUCGAAAGUAUUUGCAGGAUAAACGAAAAUACGACAAGGCACAGCGACGACGCAACGUUGGCAACAACAAUUGCCAGGAUUAGACUACAAGAGCAAUCAACUAACAGCAGCAGCAGCAGCAGCAACAUUCAGAAACGAGCAAAGCAAAACGAUAUUUUUUUCGGGUUUUGUAAAUAAAGUCAGGGCAACAACAAACAACAAUUUUGGAGGACGCCAUGUAUGCGCAACAUGUGCGCAAAUGGAGUCUAAAAACGCAACUGCAACUAAUGCCAUUGAUAUUGCUAGCAAUUUACGUCAGCACCAUGUUGCUAUUGAUCACAUGUGCGCCGACGAUAGCUGCGGCGGCAGCAACAACUACACACCAGCAGCAGCAGCAGCAGCAGCAACAACAGCCGCCCAGUUGGCAAGUAGAAGAAAACACUUACUAUAUAGCGCUGCCACAGCAACAACAACAGCAGCAGCAGCAGCAAUACUUUGGCAGCAGCAGCGACAGCGACAGCAACAUCGACAACAUUAUUUUAAGUAGGCUGCUUAAACGGCCUAGCAAUAGUUUUAGUAGCAGUAGCAACAUUAAUUUAAGGCCAGCCACAGUAUUCGAUGCACCGCAGCAGCAGCCGCAGCAGCAGCAACAGCUACAACGACAGCAACAGCAGUCAAUACAAAAAGUUCCAAAUACGCUAAUAAAUAGUCAAAUAUAUAAAUUAUUAAACAAUGGCAGAGCGAGCAGCAAAACGCGCAGACACACGCAGCAGCAGCAGCAGCAACCACAAGCGAUUGCUGCUUACAGCAACUCAACGCGAGUCAAGGCUCAGCGUUAUCUCAUCGAGUCCUACGAGCUGCCCGAGAGCGCAGAGCAGACGGCGCGCAAUAGACGCGAGUUCAAUCACUUUGAUAGUCAGCGGCAACAUCGCGGCAGCAAUCGACAGCAGCAGCAGCAACAGAAGCGUGAGUAUCGCCAGCAGCGUCAGCGCCAGCGCCAACUGCAGCAGCAGCAGCAGCAGCAUCAGUCGCAACGCAAGCAUCCGCGGAAGCAUCGAAAUCAUCUGCAUACGGAUCGCUACUGCUCCGGCCAUGAUCCCGCCCAGCUGGCGUUUGUAGCGCCCACCGUGUUCAUGGGCGUGUUCACCUCAAGGUCGGCGGAUCGACGCGCCAACUACUCCGCCACCAUGAAGGUGGUGCAAGUGUUCAAGCAGCAGCGAGAUCUGCCACAGCUGCCGCAGCUGGUGCGUCUGCAGUUCGCCUCACGCAAUCGCAGCAGCGAGUGCGACAUCUAUCGAGCGCGUCUGCUGCCGCGCGGCCUGGUGCGUGGCGAUCUGGAGCAGUCCUCGGACCACAACUACAUGAUGUUUGUGCAGCAAACGAAUCCCGGCAACUUCUCCAUACUGGGCCAGCCCAUGCGCGUCACCCAGUCCGUGCUGCAGGCCGUUAGAAUGGCUGUGAAUGAAACAUAUGCACAGAACGCAUCGAUUACGAAGAUAAUGUCGACACCGAGCAAUAUAACAAUGGAAAACGGCAAAGAGCUGCGCAUCAUCUGCAAGGUGAGAGGCAGGCCGCCGCCAAAGGUCACCUGGUUCAAGGACGAUAAGUCAAUAAAAGGCAAUCGCAAUGUGUACCAAUUCAAGCAUCACAAAAGACGUUCCGAGCUGAUUGUGCGCUCCUUCAACAGUUCCUCCGACGCGGGCAAAUACGAGUGCCGUGCCAAGAAUAAGGCCAGCAAAACGAUUGACAAACGUCGCAUCAUGAUCAAUGCCUAUUCAGUUGCCACACAGCCGGAUCGCAGCACGGGCUAUCCAUGUAAGGAAAAUAUUUGUUUUCAUGGAGGCACAUGCAUGCUCAUAGCGGAGCUCAAUUCGUUCUAUUGCAGUUGUCCGGAAGGUUUCCAAGGCGAACGUUGUGACAACGCCGUGUUGCCAGACAGUACGUACAGCAAUAGUCCCGAAUGUGGCGACAAGUAUUAUGGAGAUAUUUUGUUGCAAUCUACGGCCAAAUACAUACAUACCUUAAAUAAUUAAUAAUUACUAUUUAUGCAUAGAGUUUCUGAAUUUUAAAACCAAGCAAGCAAACAACAAAAAAUAUUUAAAUAAAAUAAAAACUAAAAUACUCCCUGCACUCCAACACCGACAAAUGUAAUUUUUUAGUAUUAUGUUUAAAAAAUUCAACAAUUUGUUGCACAAUUCACAAAAAGAAAAACAAACUCAAGCAGACGUUUCGAUUUCAUUGGCAACUACCUACUAAAUAAAUAAUAAUAAUAAUUAUAAAUUAAACAGUUGCAGACUGAAAUUAAUUAAUUGACAGAAGAAAUGCUUAUAGUUUAUGGAAUGUUCGAAUUAAAAACUGAAUUUAUUUAUUUUACUUUGUACGACAAGAAAUAAUAAUAAUAGUAAUGACUCGACACUUGACACACCGACAUUGUUGCGCUUUUGUUGUUGUACCAUAGGCAAACAAACAAAUAAACAAAUAAACAAACAUACAUACAUACAAACAAUACAAUACCAAUACCAAUACAUACAAACGAAAUUGAGAACUGUAAUAAAUGCUGUAAAUACUUUGUUUUUAAUUAAAGCAUAAGUUUUUGUGUACAUUGCAACUAUAUUUAAGUUU